CUAUUUCAUUGGGAGAAGAAGCAAAGGAAAUGGUAAUGUAAAGCAAAGAGAGAAUAAAUUUUUAAAAGUAAAGUGAAGGACUGUGGAGUUUGUUUUGAUUUUGAUUCGUAUGGGGAAAAAAUUCGAUUCAAAAGCAACUCAGAGCCGUAGUCGUAACUGACGAACGCCAUUCUUCCCAAUCUGAGUGGCCGCAAAUUAUGGACACCAAAAACAUUCUUCAAAUUUCUCAGAUCAAUUUUCUUGUUUCUUCAUUCUCUCAACCAUUUCAUUCAUUCCUCUCACUCUCCUAAACAUCCACUUCCAACUCCUCUACACUCUUCUUCUUUUUCUUCUUCAUCAUCAUCGAUUCACCGCCAAAUUCUGCAACUGUUUUUUCUUUUUCAAAAUGGGGUCUUCUUCAAAACCCAUCAUGCAAAACUUUUCCUUUUGCUUCUCUCGAUGUUUUCUUUAACUUUUUCAAAAUCUUUUCAGUUUUUCUGAGAUUCCAACAUUUAAGCGAUUUCCCGCUUUCAUCGCCUCCCUCUUCCCUCCUUCAGAUGAAAAUCAGGAUUUCUGGUGGUUUGUUCGUUGGAACAAAACCCGAUCACCGGAAUAGAUUUGAAGGGUAGCGAUACUCUUGGAUUUUGGCUUACCCAGAAAAGGUUAUUUUGAUUUUAAUUGAAAAUGCAAUCGAAAGUUCUGCCUCUGGAAGAAGGGAAAGACCCUGUACCUUUAAACCGGACCAACCAAGCUAGGCCGUUGCCCCUUAGGUUACUUCAGUUAUUCGUGUUGUUUUUGGUUCUUUGUGUUGCGUUCUCGGUUGUUAGUUUGUAUACGAUCCGUCGUUUUGGGGUUGAUAGUGCUGUGAUGACGGUUAAGUCCAAUUUUCUUCCUUGUUUGGAGGAAUUCAAUAUUAGUUUGAGUGAGUUGAUUAGGCCUCCGGUGGAUUUGAUGCAUUCAAUGACGGAUGAGGAGUUGUUUUGGAGAGCAUCGUUUUCACCUCGGAUUAAGAAUUACCCUUUCGAAAGGGUUCCCAAAAUUGCUUUUAUGUUCUUGACUAAAGGACCAUUGCCGUUUGCCCCGCUUUGGGAGAGAUUUCUGAGAGGACAUCAUGCCCUCUUUUCAAUUUACAUUCACUCUCUGCCAUCGUUCAAACCCAAUUUUACUCAUAAUUCUGUGUUUCAUGGGAGACAAAUUCCUAGCCAGGUUGCAGAAUGGGGAAGAAUGAGUAUGUGCGAUGCAGAGAAAAGACUCCUAGCCAAUGCGCUGCUCGACAUCAACAACGAAUGGUUCAUUCUCCUCUCAGAAUCAUGCAUUCCUCUCUUCAAUUUCAGUGUGAUAUACAAAUACUUGAAGGAAUCCAAAUAUAGCUUUGUUGGUUCAUUCGACGACCUCGGCCCUUACGGGAGAGGACGAUAUAGGGAUGCCAUGGCACCAGAGGUAAACAUCACAGAAUGGCGAAAAGGCUCCCAAUGGUUCGAAGUAAACCGUAAACUUGCAAUCAGCAUAGUACAAGACACCAAAUAUUAUCAGAAAUUCGAACAAUUCUGUCGACCACCAUGCUACGUCGACGAGCAUUAUUUCCCAACAAUGCUCACAAUAGAAGCAGGAGACGUUAUAGCCAACAGAAGCCUCACAUGGGUGGAUUGGUCGAGAGGAGGCCCUCACCCCGCAACAUUUGGACGACGGGACAUUACAGAAGAGUUGUUAGCAAGAAUAGUAAACGGUCAAAACUGCAGUUACAACAACGGCACCUCCUCCAUUUGCUCUCUAUUUGCAAGAAAAUUCGCACCGAGUUCGUUGCAGCCUUUGUUACGUUUAGCAUUGGAUGUGUUUGGAUAUUGAAGAACACAAUUUGGUUAAAUGAUCAGAAUAGAGAAAGAGGGCAGGAGGGGUUAGUAGAGUUGUAAUAUUCAAUUACAGUACACAAAUAGGCAAACACAUAACACUAAUUCUUUCAGAGUAACCCCAACAAAAAACAGUACAAAAGAAGAAAAUACAUGUAAUAUCUCUCAUUGCAGAGUGGGUUCUGUUUUGAAUGAAUAAAAGAUGCUUUGCAGUGAAGAAA